GGACGAAAUAUUAUCUCUUAAAGUUUUGAUGAGAAUUGAAUAAUCAAUCAAUAGAAAAUUAUAAAAUGUUAACCCAAAAGUAUAAUCCCAAGAUGAAACUUGGUAGUGGAGCAGAAGGAUUAGUUUAUUUAGUCGAGGAAAAAUCCACCAACAAACUAUUCGCCAUCAAGAUGAUUACUCUCUUUGAGGAAGAAAAUUUUGAAAAGAUUAAAAAGGAAGUCGAUUUGGUUCGGAAGUUUCAUGAACACAACAAUAUUGUGAGGUAUUUUGAUUAUUUUGAGGAGAGAACCAUUGAUGCUUUUGCAGGUGUUGAAUUGAGACUCUUCUUUGUUAUGGAAUAUUGUGAUAAGGGAAGUUUAGAAACCAUCAUUCAAGAAUAUCUCAAGGAAGGACAACAUAAGAAUAGUGGAAGUGAGGAUUUGGCAGCUGAUAAGCAUCUACCCUUCUCUUUUAUAAUAUCAACUAUAAAACAAUUGACGAGUGUUUUAGUAUAUAUACAUAAUCAACAAAUAGUACAUAGAGAUUUAAAACCUGCCAAUUUACUAUUCAAAGCUGUAUCAUCAACAAAUAUAUCCAUCACAGAGACAAGUAAUGAAUCAACAACAACAACAACAACAGCUGUUUCCACAUCAAAGGAACAACAUUCAACAAGUUGUACUUCUAUAUCAGAAAAUGAUAAUAUUAUUGAAAAUUGUAAAAAAGAAGCAUAUAAUGAUUGGGUACUCAAAUUGAGUGAUUUUGGAUUCACCAAACAAAUGAAAGAUAAUAUGGCCCAAAGUUUUGUUGGAACAAUCCAAUACAUGUCACCUGAAUUGUUCAGUUCAAAGAAAUAUGAUGCAGGUACUGAUAUUUGGUCAUUUGGUGUUUGUAUUUUAAGAAUGUUUGCAUUUCUGGAUGAAACCAAAGUUCCAGAUCUGAGACAUGAAAUUAAGAAGGAUUCAGAGUUUGUAUGUAAAUUAUGCAAAAAGUAUAAGGCUCCUAAGGUGGUUGAGGAGAUUGUCUAUGCCUGUCUGUUAUUGGAUCCAACCGAUCGUCCAACAGCUGCAGAGAUUUCACAAUUUUUGGAAGAGUUUGAGAAGAGUGGAGGAACUGUUUCUCUGUUAAAGAAGGUUAAAUUCACACCACCACCUUCAUCACAAAAUUUAAAUGAUCAGAAUGGAAUGUUGGAUGUUUCUAUAACGAUGGAUGAUGAAUUGUCCUCCUCUUCAUCCUCUGAUGGAAGUCUUCCAUUGGAAAAGAUUAUCAAUGAUAAGGCACGAGAAUUUUGGAAGCAACAUUCUUGGGAGAGAAGAGUCAAUUGGAUGGAUUUCAGAGAGGCCUACAUUAAUCUGAUUCAACAAUUGAAAAUCGAAGAAAAGAAGAAUGAAAAUAAUGAAAUUACAACUGAGUCUCCUGGGAUUAAUAUUAGUUAUACAGGAAUUUCAAUGACUGAUUUCAUGAGAGGCCUAAAGACUGGCGUAUGUAACAAGUAUUUCGACACUGUAUCAAUAGAAGAUUUGAAUGAAUUGACAAAGCAAGCUGGUUUCCCGUUCAAUCCUGAAUAUGUGAUAAAUCUUGCUGCUUACGAGAUAACUGACGACAAGGAGGUUGAUAUUGAAGAUGUAACAAUGGAUACUGAAACUUUCAUGAGGGCGCAAUCCAAAUAUUUGGAAACUAUUCUGACUUGUGAUAAGGUAUUCAUUGAUCCAAUAUCUCAGGAACCUCUCCAGAUUGAUCAACAUUUGGCUCCUCUGGAAUUGGUUGAAACCAAUGAAUGGAAUGAUCUUUUGAAAACCGAACAAGAAAUUGAAGAAGACGAUGAAAAGAAAACCAAAGUCGAACGAGGAUCGAGUCAAUACUAUGAAGAUGCAGUUGAUUUCCUCUCGAGUACCAGUGAUAGACCUCUCAAAUAUCUCAUUUUGGGUUCUGCUGCUUGUGGUAAGACUUGUAUGAUGAAACGAUUGUGCUACAAGGCAGCUCAAUCUGCUUACAAGAGGGCUGGUGAUACAAAUUCAUUCGAUUUGGUUCCACUCAUGGUUCCAGUAGCAAAUAUUCCAGUAGAAGAGCACGACAAUAUCCCAUUCAAACUCAAGUGUAUCAGAGCAUCGGCUGACACCUUCAACAAGGGUCUCAAAUAUUCUGCAGAUGUGGAAAAGUUCCUCUUAAAUGUUUGGCAAUGUGGACGAUUACUCUUAUUAUUGGAUGGCCUUGAUGAGGGUGGAGAGAAUAGAGCCAAAUUGGAAAAGCAAAUUUGCAAGCUCAAUUUCAGAGAGUUGGGAGGCAUUCUCACCACCAGUAGAGUCAGUGGUUUCGAACAGGAAGAGGCCAAGAAUGUUUUUGAUAGUUUCAAGAUUGCAAGAAUCAAACCACUCACUUAUCAAAUUCAAAAGCAAGUUGCCUUGAGUAGAGGUCUCAAAGAUCCAAAAUUCUUCCAAUCCCUCCAAAAGUAUAAGGAAUUAGCAAAGAUUCCACUACUUUUGAGUUUAAUGAUUCAAGAAUACAAGCAAAAUAAGGAAUUACCAGAUAUUAGAUCAGUUCUGUAUGACCAUGCUUGUGAAACAAUGAUUUCAGUCUAUAUCGAUAAGGUCAGACCACAUACUACCAAACAAGAGAGAAGAGAUUUAUUCGAAAUGCUCUAUGCUGUUGCAAGUAUUUUACACGACAAUACUAAACGUUACUUUACGAGUGCCUAUAUUGAAAAGCACCUCCAGGAAAUUACUACCAUCGUAGACUUGGAGGCCUCAGCCAACAAUAGUGUAACAAAUGGAAGUCAACCACCACUCUCCUCUCAGUCAAUUACCAAUGCAAACAAUCUUACAGCUAACGAAUCUGGUACAAACUUUUCAUCAAGUUCCAGUGAACCAAGUAGAAAUGUAUACGAAACUUGGAAGACUUUCCAUCAAGAUAUCGAUGAUGGACAUUUCCCGCUCAUUAUUCGAUUGGGUAACAAUUAUUCAUUUGCCCACUUGUCAUUCCAGGAAUAUUUCGUUGCCAAAGUGUGGAGUGAUGCUAGGAGAGUUUCAAGAAUUAGAGAACAAAAGAAGGGUCGUUUGAAUUUCUUCUCGAGAAAGAAGGAAAAUCUUCCAAUCGUAUUUUCCUCAGAAACUAAGAAAUUAAUUAUUGAUCCAUGGUUCAGAGAAACUUUCUUAAUCUGUGCUGGAUCAAUGUCUAGAGAUGAUUUCAAUGAAUUUAUCAAUUACUUGUCUGAAAACUUUAAAAAGAGUUCUGCCAUUGAUAAUUUACUUCUCCAAAUGAUUAGAACUGAAAGACCAAGUGAUGAGAGGGAUCAAUACAGUGAAAUUGAAAAGAAUAUUACAACACAAAAGAAGUUGAAGAAUAUGAUUUUGGAGGGUUUGAUUCACGACUCUUCAGUUUUGAGAGAAAUGACAACCAAGAGAGUUGCUCUCUAUGAGAGUGACUUGACCAAUGUUAUUGCAUACUUGUUGAAAGUUGUGACCAAGAAUAAGGAUAAGACCAAAUCAGCCACCCACAGCUUGCUAGAUAUCUUCCAACAAUUGAAAGACGAUAAGGAAUUCAGAUAUAGAACUACCAAACGAUUGAUUGAAUCACUUGCUGACAAACAGUGGAAGAUUGGAGAGCAAUCAGUCAUUGCACUCUUAGCAAUUGCUGAGAAGGAAGAUACGAGAAUUACUAAAAAGUUGUGGACUCUCAUGACCAAGCCACCAAUUGAAGUACAAGUCAGAGCAUGUUAUGCCAUUUCAGUCUUGGCUAAGAGGGGAGACUCCAAGUUUAUUAACAAGUUUAUGGAGAUUUUACUCUCAGAGACAAUCAAGGAAGGUCGAUAUAUGGACAAGAUGAUUGAGAGCUUGACAAAUAUUUGUGUCAGGGCAGAUGAAAUUGUCCUCUCACAAAUCAGAUCCAACAUUAAACAAGCCCAGAACAAGCUCAUUCGACACGGAUUGAUUACUGCCCUAGGAAAGAUCUCAGCUCCAGGUGAUAAGCAAACAAUCAAGUUACUCGUUCAAAUUCUUUCAAAGGAAAAGUCAUCCGAUACACUAACCUUUGUUGUAGAUGCUCUCAAGAUGGUUUGUGAAGCGAGAGAAACAACCAACUUGUCCAUUGCAAUCAAACUCCUCAAGGAUCACAUUGCAUACAGACCAGAUAAGUCUCUACGUGAGGAAUACGAAGAAUACGAAUUUAGUUUCAAUGAUUUGAAUCAAAAGAUUAUGGAACUCAUUCAAGCACUAUUGUUGGGCAGAGAAUACUCCAAAAGAGAUACCAAAGAUAUGAGCUUAUAUGUGAAAGGAUUGACUGAACAAUUGAAUAAGGAUAGUAAUUUUAAGAAACUUGUUUAUGAGCUCUAUGACACCAUGUUCACUUUGGCAAUUACUGGAGAUUCUCAAAUAAGAAAGACAACUGUAUCUACAUUCUCAGCUAUGGUUGACCAUAAUGAUGAAGAAUUGCUAACCUUUAUUUUUGACAAGAUCAAAAACGACCUUCUCAAGAAUAUCAUGACUGAAGACAAAUCUAUGGAAAUCACAACAGUUAUUUUCCUUUUGGGUGUUGUAUUUGCCAAUACAGCCAAUUCUCAGGCCAUUAAUGUACUUUUAGAAUUGUUAGAAUCAAACAGUUCGAAUGCUUACUUACUUGGAGAGAUUUUCACAGCCAUGGGUAAUGUUGCUCCACGCAACGAUACCUUCCUUAUUGAGAUGAUGACCAAAUAUUUGGAAAUGGAAAAGGAUGCCCACAUGCAAGAGAAGGAAUUGUGGAAACUCAAAUCGAGAAUCAUCUCUGCCUUGGAAAAUAUUUGUCUGAGGGAGGAGAAUAAUGAAAGACUAGUUACCAAGAUGCUCCAAUUGUUGGAAGUGUGUCCUCAAAAAUUUUCACAUACAUUCAAACCAACUUGUAUCAAGGCAAUUGGAAGACUCUUAAAGAAGGGAGAAAAAGAUGCCAUCAACAAAUUGGGACCUUUGGCAGCUGAUAAGGAUAGUUUCAUUAGAAAAGCAGUUGCUUAUACUUUGGGAUUGAUUUCAGAUAAGGCCAAUAAGAAUGCAGUUAGAGUAUUGAAAGAUAUGUUAGAAGAUGAAAAUGCAGAAGUUAGACAAGAAGUUAUUGAAAGUUUGGGUAAAGUAGCAGAUUUAGAGCAGUUGGUGACUUCACUCAAGGCCAACAUUUCUGAAACUAUUAGAACAGCACUUUUCCAAAUGAUUAUCUAUCAAAUUAGAGAAUCGAGACAAGAAAAUCCAAAGUUUUCACUUCCUUCCAAGCAAGUGAAACAUUUAGAAAGUUUGAAUUGCACAGAAGCCAGAUUCAUUCUGUUGGAGAAUUACAGCGUGUGACGAGUGAAAUAAACACCUAUGUCAUUUCCUAGGUGGUUUCCAACAAGUGCUUCCAACAAAUAAACUUAAAAUUUACAUCAAC